CGCUGCGGAUAUGAAAAUUCGGGAAUGUGAGAGUGCGGGCGGAUGCGCUAACGUGGCUCCUGCUGGCAAAAUGAGGAUUCUGCUAUGUUUGCUCUUUAGCUCUUUGACAAUGAUCAGAGCACAAAUGCCUUGGGAAAUUCCGUCGUUGCCGGAGGAUUCUGAUGAGGACGUCAAUCGAAACGAGUUUGAAUGCUACGCAAAGUGCUUCAACAUUUUUCCAAGCUCAACCACCAAGGAAAAUAACAAUACUAUAACAAAAUUAUGCGAGAGAAAAGUGAAAGACAUGCGGCUGCUGCGGGUCGCCUCAACGCGGAUGUAUAUCUCAAAAAUGGCGAUGUCUUGGUACCAAGCUUACAGCUUUUGCCGGAGGUACAACAUGAAUCUAGUGCCGAUUUUAAACUCGCAAGUUGAAGGAGCACUAACGCGUAUCAUCAUUAAGCACGGUCAAGACGGCGAAGGUUUUUGGGUUGGAGCUACUGAUUUGGCACAGGACAACCGAUUCUACUGGGUGGUUGCCGGAUUCGAUUUUGACAAGACCAGCAUCAAAUUUGUGAAUGCCGCUGAUAAGGGUGAUUGCGGAGAGUUAAGGAUCGUGGAGAGAAAUGAUGUUGAAGACACUGACUGGAUGAGGUCUGAUUGCGCACUUGCCAAACGGUUUGUUUGCAGCUUUCCAACGGCCUGCAUAGUGCAAAAUGGAACAUCCUCCAAUGAACCGACUCAAAUAAAAAGAACUAAGUAAAAACUUAGGAUCAUAUCUCGAUAUUUAAAAAAUAUUGAAUAAAUAUAGCUAAACUUUUA